UAGAACGGUGCACCGACCCGGGCCGGCGGACCAUGAGAAGGCCGGAGCCAGGCCCAGAGGCGAGCAUGGAGGGGGAUGUGCUGGACACGCUUGAAGCCCUGGGGUACAGUGGUCCUCUCUUAGAAGAAGAAGCACUUAUCAAAGCAGUAGAAAGUGGCCUGUCCUCAUCUGAAUUUUCAGACCUCUGCUUUUGGUUAGGAUCUCAGAUAAAACCAUUAUGUGACUUAGAAGAAAGUAUCUCUUCAACUGCCGGAAGUGAAGAUAUAGAGAGCUUCCAGCUUGAGAUAAGUGGUUUUCUAAAAGAAUUGUCCUGUCCCUAUUCAACACUCAUCUCAGGAGACAUUAAAGAUCGUUUAAAAAAGAAAGAUGAUUGUUUGAAACUUUUGUUGUUUUUAAGUACAGAACUUCAAGCUUUACGGAUUUUGCAGAAGAAGCAGCUCAAAGGUUCUCAAUUGGACAAAAACAAUGAAAUUUACCAGGAAGUGCAAGCUAUCUGUGAUACUCUGUGCUUACCAAAAUCAACCACUUCUGACAUUCCUGUUGUGCUAAGCCAUGUGGAAUCAAAGAUGAAGGAUAUUCUCUCAAAAGUUCAAAAUAACCACAUUGGAAAACCAUUGCUGAAAAAGGAUUUAAGUCCGGAACAGGCGGAACAGUUGGAAAGGAUCAAUGAUGCUCUCUGUUGUGAAUAUGAAUGCCGGCGGCGGAUGUUAAUGAAACGAUUAGAUGUUACAGUGCAGUCCUUUGGAUGGUCUGAUAGAGCCAAGGUAAAAACUGAUGAUAUAGCAAGAAUAUACCAGCCUAAGCGUUAUGCAUUGUCACCAAAAACAACAGUUACACUGGCCCAUCUUCUUGCUGCUCGUGAAGAUCUAUCCAAGAUUAUAAGAACAAGCAGUGGUUCUACCCGGGAAAAGACUACAUGUGCUAUCAAUAAGGUGUUGAUGGGAAGAGUUCCAGACAGAGGAGGAAGGCCAACUGAAAUUGAACCACCGCCUCCUGAAAUGCCUCCUUGGCAGAAGAGACAAGAAGGCGGAGGAAGGGGUGGUUGGGGAGGAGGUGGAAGAGGAGGUGGGGGUGGGGGUGGCCGGGGUGGUUGGGGAGGAGGUGGAGGUGGAGGUGGAAGAGGAGGUGGGGGGGGUGGAGGGGGCUGGGGAGCCAGUGGUGGUGGUGGAGGAGGAGGAGGUGGGGGUUGGGGAGGUGGGGGGGGUGGCGGUAGAGGUGGGAGUUUUCAAGGGAGGGGAGAUUAUGGUGGGAGAGGAGAUUAUGGUGGAAGAGGAGGUUAUGGUGGGAGAGGGGGUUAUGGUGGGAGAGGGGGUUAUGGAGAUCCAUAUGGAGGAGGAGGGGGUGGUGGGGGUGGAUACAGACGAUAUUAAAAAUUCCAUUGUAGACAAAUUAGAUGAUGCCUGUUUUGUAGUAGAAGGAUGUGUUCGGUACUUUUAGGCAUAGUAUUUUAAAUAACAGAUUUGAAUAUGCUCUUUCAAGUAUACACCCUUUAGACCACCUAAUACCAUCACUAUUGAACCUGGUUAAUACAUAAGAGCAUUUUUUUUAUAUUGGAUUUUGAUCUCUUAAGGGAAGUGGUCCCAAUGUUCCUUAUAUCCUUGAGCAUGUUGGAGCUUUUUUCAAAAAAAAAAAAAAAAUGAUGAUGAGAAAAUAAAAACAAAAAACUUUUUAAAAAUGUAAAUAUUUAUAACCAUUAAUCUUAGAACAUGGGAAGAGAAGCAUUUUAGUAUUUUCCUGAUUUCAGAGUUUAGACUCUAGAAUACUUAUAUUUUAUUUAAGUUUGUUUCAUAGAACUGACCCCACUUCCCAUCGAACUAUAGAUUGUUGGCUUUCCCACUUCCCAUGGAACUAUAGAUUGUUGGCUUCAUCAGUAUUUUUUGUACAUCCUUUGUAUUUGUUAAUACUACUUCAUUCUAAACCCUGCCCCCUCUUUUUUUUUUUUUGCCUGAGAUUAAGUAGUCAAGGGGUCCAAAAAUGUGUUUAUCUAGUUUUGCUUUUUCUCUAUAGGAGGGACUCCAUUCAUCUCUAUUUUUGCUAGACUUCUUUUUCUCUAUAGUCCAAACCUAUUUAUACCUAAGAAAAAAUAGCAGCUUUUUUUUUUCUAUCCUUAAACUUCCUCCCUAGCAUUUUAAAAUCAUUUUCUGAUUUGAGUUUAAAAAUCUUUGGAAUUUGCUUAUCUCACUAACAAAACAAAGUUGAACAUUCAAGAGAAAUUUAAAUUGACAAAAGUUACAUGUACUGUCUGUGCAUCAAAGUAAGAGAUAGUUUUCUUUUCUGGAAAAGGAACAGACCUUCAAAGAAAAUAAUCAUUUUUUUGCCCCACUAUUAGUCUUAGAAUAUAUAUAAAAAGACAAGACAAGCUUGUUUGUCAUAUUGGUAGAUUUACCACAAAUGAACUGAAUUGGUUCCAUGGAUAGUACCACUUUCUGAAAGAAAGCUCUUAUUUGACUAUUUUCUGUAGUGUUUGGGAGCUAGCUUGGUAUCUCUGCAUGCCAGUGGUCUGGGAAAUGCAGAAUCCAAAAUUUUAAUCGUGACACUAUUUCCUGGAGGAUUUGAGGAAUAGAGCAAAUGCUACAUCUCCUAGGAAUUUCCCAUGUAUUAUAUGGGAAUAACACCCUGCUACUUGCUUCACUAAUAUGUGAACAUUAGUAAAAUAAUAUUGUUAACUCUUCUAUACAAAGAACAGAUAGUGAAUGAUAAAUCUCUCCUUAGAAAUGUGGGUGUGCUACAUAGGUUUUUUUCUUAGGCACGUUGUAGAAUCAAUGUCCCAGCAUAUGCAGAACAACUUUUCAGCCUCUAAUUCAACAGAUGUAUUGUUAACCAGAGAAGUGAUGUGAUUACUUGUUCAACAAUUUUUCAAAAGAAAAAUUGUAAAAUCCUAAGGAAAUGUAACAUCAAAAAAGGGCGUAAUUCUGUAUUGCUGCAGGCUUGAAAAUAUAUUUUCAAGCCAACCCUGUAAGACAACAUACUUUCCAGAGGAAAGGAAGAUGUAAAAAUUUUUUUUUUUUGGUUAUUUGUGAGCAUUUGUUUAGGGUAUUUUUUGUAUGUUUACAUUUAAUGGACAAAAACACUCAUUCUCAUGUGUGACAAUAGAAAAAAUCCUUUCCAUAUUUAAGAAAAUACCAUUUAAUAACAGCUGUGAACACUGAAUGAAAUACUGGUUUAAGUUUUGCUUGUGUUAUUUAUAUAGAAUCUGAUGAAUUCCUCUGUACCAAAUGGUUGUUACCUAUCCUGUAAAUCAGAAAGGACCACUUGAGAAAAUAAAAAUAACUUUUAAAAAAUUAGAA